GGAACUUCCUAGACACAAAGGACAUGUCAAACAUUAACGAAUUACGUCGUUUGGAGACGGCAGACAUUGAGAUUGGAGUCUCAGAAGCCUUGCAACGCCAUGCCACGCGCCAUGUCGCCCAGCACAAGCCUGUUUCGAGUCGUGUUCUAGAAUUUGAGCGACGACGGCCGAGAUGGUUGAGAGAAUGCGUCGGCGAGGCCACCGGUGUGUUCCUUUACGUCUUCCCCGGCAUCGCCUCCGUUGCGGGUUUCUUACUACAUGCUGGCACCGAGGAGCCUCCAGUCACAGUGUUUAGUAGUUUCUUUCAAAUCGGUUUCGCUUUCGCUCUAGGUAUCAUGUUUGCCAUUAUCAUUGCAGGCCCAACCUCGGGUGGCCACUUCAACCCUGCCGUGACAAUAUCUUUGGCUGUUUGGCAAGACAUUCUUUCCCAAAUAUUCGGUGCAUUCAUGGCGGCUCUACUAGUGAUGGGGAUGUAUCGACAACAAAUUCUCGAGUUUGAAGUCGCUGCCAAAGCAGCCGGGAUUCCAUUGGUUUCUGCAUCGGGUCCUUCCUCGAUAUUUGCUGCCUAUCCGCAAGAGGGCCAGAGCUUGGGAUAUCUUUUCUUCAUCGAAUUUUUUGUCGACUCAUUCAUUGGUCUGGUUAUAUGGUCUUGCAUCGAUCCAGCUAACCCUUUUGUCUCUCCAUCAACCGUCCCCAUUGUCAUCGGUAUGGGCUAUGCUGCCAUGGUCUGGGGAUUUGCCGACAUCACGAUCUCCACAAAUCUGGCUAGGGAUCUGGGAUGUCGAUUCGUAGCUGCCAUAUUCUAUGGCCGCGAAGCCUUUGCGUACCAGUCGUACUGCUGGAUUGCAAUUCUCGUGAACAUUCCUGCCACGCUGUUUGCGACAGGAUUUUAUGAGUUGUUCCUCAGAGACUCCGUGCAGAUGAUUAGUAAGGGAAGUGUUCGUCAUCGUGACGGCGAUGAAGGGCUGCGUCGCUAUCUAAGUGAAGCAGGCGUGUUGAAGGAAAGCGAUCAGGAGCCCUCGGCGAUCCAUGAAUCUUGCAAAGAGUGUUUAAAGACUAAGAACGUCAAUUGGGAGGAGAUUGGAGAGGGAAAAGGUGUUCGGUUUUCGCGGGCCGAGGUAUAG